UUCUUGAGGUCAUGUAAUUCUGGCCUCGUUUUUUCUUCCAAUCGAGUUCUUUGUUUUUUAGCCUUACAUGUCUUAGCUGUCUUUCGUCUUCUAUCAUAACGCCUCUGUAAAUUGGGAUUCUUCAGUUUCCAACCCUCUCACACCAAUCUCUACCACUAGAUUGAGAGACCUCAAGGUGGGUUUUCUUCAAAUUUCAAUUUUCAUGUCUCUUGAGAGAGAGAGAGAGAGAGAGCAUACAUUUUUGCUGUGUAUACAUGCUAAAAUUGGAUUUAGUAAGGGUGUUGUGAUUUAUUUGGAGGCUAUGGGGUGUUUCCAAUUCUACAGUGGAGAAAAGAAGGAAGAACCCAAGACCCCAAAGUCAAUGUCGGUUCAGUCCUCAAAUUCAACUCUAACCACAAACUCCACGCUUACUGAGCGUGAUAUGAGGAGAUCUGGGUCUUUAUUUAAUUCUCAGAAUGUAUCUGACACCAGCACCGAGUCUGUUGGGAGGAGCCAAUUUCUGAGUUUGUCUCAGAGGUCUAGUAAUCUCAAACUGUUCACAUAUUCAGAGCUGAAGAUGGCCACAAAGAAUUUUAAUCACACCGUCAAACUCGGAGAGGGUGGCUUUGGAUGCGUAUAUAAGGGUGUCGUCAAGAGGUCUGAAGAUCCAGAAAGAAAACUUGAUGUCGCUGUGAAACAAUUAGGAAAAAGAGGAUUGCAGGGGCACAAGGAAUGGGUAACAGAAGUGAAUGUUCUUGGAGUGGUUGAGCAUCCAAACCUUGUCAAACUAGUGGGUCACUGUGCUGAAGAUGAUGAAAGAGGAAUUCAACGGCUCCUGAUUUAUGAAUUUAUGCCUAAUAAAAGUGUUGAGGACCAUCUAUCAACUAAGUCGGGGACACCUCUUCCCUGGGCAAUGAGACUGAAAAUAGCCCAAGACGCCGCUCGAGGCUUAGCUUACUUGCAUGAAGGGAUGGAUUUUCAGAUCAUCUUCAGAGAUUUCAAAUCUUCAAACAUUCUCCUAGAUGAGCAGUGGAAUGCAAAGCUGUCUGACUUUGGAUUGGCUAGAUUGGGCCCUCAAGAAGGACUAACGCAUGUCUCAACAGCGGUUGUGGGAACGAUUGGAUAUGCAGCUCCUGAAUACAUCCAGACUGGGCGUCUGACGUCCAAGAGUGACGUAUGGAGUUACGGGGUCUUCCUUUAUGAACUCAUCACCGGUAGGCGCCCAUUGGAUCACAACCGCCCUAAGAGCGAACAAAAACUCUUGGAUUGGGUAAAGCCACACCUAUCAGACUCAAAGAAAUUUCGGCAGAUAUUGGACCCAAGGCUCGAAUGGAAUGGUUCCAAGAAGUCAGCUCAAAAGCUUGCCAUCAUUGCCAACCGGUGCCUGGGCAAAAACGCAAAGGCACGCCCAAAGAUGAGCGAGGUGUUGGAGAUGGUGAACCAGCUUGUCGAAGCAUCACAAGAAAUAGGCAGAUCGAGCUCUCUGACAGCUGAAAGUAGCUCAAUGUCAAGGGAAACCAUAGGCAGAUCGAGCUCUCUGACAGCUGAAAGUAGCUCAAUGUCAAGGGAAACCUCUGAGGAAACCAAAGUGCAAGGCAAGCAAAAGCCAACGGGAGAAAGUGGUUGGCUACACUGGAUAUGGUCAUCAAAACUUUUAAGGACAUGUUGAUUGCGUGGCUAUGAAAGUAAUGGAUUUGUACAUGGUUUGGAAAACAGUGUAAAAAAUCAUGAUUCCCAUGCAGCUAAAUAUUGUAUGGGAACGCUCUCCUAUAUCCUAUACUUCUUUUUAAGCAAUGUGGAAACUUUUGGAGGAAUCAAAGCACAAGGCGAUAAAUAGAUUGUAAAAUUGAGAAUUCAAGUAUUUGUAGACGGUUGUAGACGGUUAGGGAAUUUUAACGCCAAGGCUUGCGCGGGAGUUGCUGUUUGCACCACUUCAAUCUGAAAAUGGCUGGUGGGUAGGAAAUUGCUUCCGGAGAUGGGAAUUGGGAUUUAAUACCGUAUAGUUUAAAUGAACUGCUGAAAUUCCGAAAUAUUUUCUCUUAUCUUUUGUCUUGAUACAUGUAGAACUGAACUCGGAUACAACUUGUGGAAAUUUAGAUGAUAUAUGGGAUCUGAUAAUUGAUCCUUCAAAUGAAUAUGCAUUAGUCUCAUUUUUUUUUU